AUGGAUGUCGGGAAUCGCAAGAACGACGAAGCAAGUGUGUUUCAGAUGCCUCUUCACUACCCGAGAUACUCUAGAGAAGAUUACCAAGACAUGCCAGAGUGGAAACUCGACAGGAUUUUAGCAGAUUACGGUUUGUCUACUUAUGGUGACUUGGCUCACAAGCGAGAAUUUGCUAUGGGAGCUUUUCUUUGGAUUUCAACUCAUAAUCCAAAGUUUUAUCAAGACAAGUCAUCAACUCCAAACUGA